UCCCCGGAAGUCCCGCGUGCUCCUGUUGUCGCUGAGGGCCACGCGGCCAUUGGGGAGAGUUCGCACCGGCCUUUCCCGCCGCGGAGGACAGCAACUGCAGCCGUUACCGACCCUUCGAGCGGCAUGAGCAGCCUGAGCCCGUGUGUUAGCUGGGUCCCCCGCGGGGUGACCAAGGAAAUCCCGGACAAGGUGACUCUGAGUAAGGAGGAGUUGCAGCAAUUAAUCCUCGAUGCAAGAGAAGAAUUUGAUGAUCAGGAGGAGGCUGAGGAAAAGGCAGAAGGAGGGAAUGAGGAGGAGUUGAUGGAUGGAACAGACAACCUUGCCUCGAGUGAUUCCAAAACACAAGAGGCGGGAGAAGAGGAAGACAAUGACAGUCUGGCAGAAUAUGAUCUUGAUCAAUAUGAAGAAGAGGAUGGUGGAGUGAAUCUGGGUGACAGUUUGGGAGGACUCUCAGUCUAUGCUAGCAAUGACGAUGAUCCAUAUGUCACUCUUAAAGAUACAGACCACUAUGAAGAUGACGAUUUCAAAAUCAAGCCCACUGACAAUCUAAUCAUUGUGGGAAAAGCUGAGAAGGAUUGCUGCAGCCUCGAGAUAUAUGUUCACAACCAGGAGGAGCAAUCUCUCUAUGUCCAUCAUGAUGUGCUGCUUCCUGCCUAUCCAUUGUCUAUUGAAUGGCUCAACUUUGAUCCAAACCCAGAAAAACUAACAGGGAAUUAUGUUGCUGUGGGUAACAUGACUCCUGUGAUUGACGUGUGGAAUCUGGAUACAGUUGAUUGUCUGGAACCCGUCUUCAGUCUGGGGAAAAAGAAGACAAAAAAGAAGAAACAGGGCAAAAAGGGUGCAGAGAAUUGGGCGGAGGGACAUACAGAUGCAGUUCUUGAUCUAUCUUGGAACAAAAACAUCAGGAGUGUUCUGGCCAGUGCAUCUGCUGAUCAGUCAGUGAUUCUCUGGGAUAUGUCUCAGAAGAAACCCGUGACGAAUCUCUCUUCACAUACAGACAAGGUACAGACUGUCUGCUGGCAUCCAUUUGAAGCACAGACACUUCUCUCUGGAUCAUUUGACAAAUCAGCCAGACUGUAUGACUGCCGGAAUCCAAAGGAGAACUGUCGCACCUGGAGGUUCAGUGGGGAGGUUGAGCGAGUGAAGUGGAAUCAUUUUUCACCAUGUAACUUCCUGGCCAGCACAGAGGACGGUUUUGUGUACUGUUUAGAUGCACGUUCAGAGAAACCACUUUUCACACUGAGAGCUCAUGAUGGCGAAGUAACAGGUUUGGAGCUCAGUAGCCAAAUCCAAGGUUGCCUGGUAACAUCAUCUGCUGAUAAACACGUGAAGGUUUGGGACAUUUUGGGGAACAAACCCAGCUUGGUCCAUUCCAGGGAUAUGAAAAUGGGUGUGGUGUUUUGUGCAGCUUGUUGUCCAGACUCUCCAUUUCUCUACUGUUUCGGAGGUCAGAAGGGAGGUCUACGCAUGUGGGACAUCAGCAGCGUCUCUGCAGUGAACACCGCCUUUGGAUCUCGUGAAAGAUUGCAGGUAGCUACACCCUGGAGGUCAACAGUCACUGGCUCCGUGACUAGCAGCACGACAGAAAGUGUCAUGGAAUCAUAGGCUGAAGAAGACAGUCAGCUCCCUACAAUCUCCCAGUGUCUCUGAUCAAACAGCUUGGUCAUUUCAAGGAAAGACUAUGCCAACUGAUUCUUUUUAAUAUUUUAUUACAUUAUAUAAAAUUACUGAGCAGGUAUCCUGCUUCAUUUGUGUAAUAAAUUGAAUGUUGCUUCUA